GUUCCGGUUGCCACGACGACGGCGUCGUUCCUUGCGGGCGGGGCCGAGCUAGCGGCGCGGCGCAUCCUGUGCGGGCCCGGAGCCGCCCUUCCCCCUCCGGCCAGCGCCCCGGGCAGCCCCCCGAUGCCGCGGAAGGCGCUGGUCUGCGCCCUGGAGCUGGAGCUCCGCUCGAUAACUUGCCCUGGAGUAUUGCUGAAAGACAAAAGUGAGCUCUAUCUCAGCGCCUGUGUUUUUGGACAGUACAAAAGGACUCAAUGUGUCCCUGCAGCAUUUCCACUCUUCUUAGAAGAGAAACUAGUAUUUGAAAAGGUAUUUACUGAUGUAGUUGAUCCUGGAGAACUUGUUGAGCUACUUGAAUUUGACACAGCAGUACUUGAACUAAUACAACUUGUUCCUCCAGUGGGAGAAAUUCUAGCCACUUAUGAAGAAAAUACAAGAGAUUUCCUGUUCCCUGACCCUAAGCUUACUCGUGGGCACCAUGGUUCAGAUCGUGAAGUUUUAAUGAAGCGGUCUUCUAGUUUUACAGGAAUUGCACCAAAAUUGAGAUUUUCUACCAGCUCCCUUAUUACAGAAAGCCUGUUAAGUUCAGGAAGGAUUCAUGUACAGGAUAAUUUGGAUCGGGUGCAUCAUUCAGCACCAAAUGGAAGAUUACAAACAAGGUCACCAAAGAAAAACACCCCUUCACCUGAGAAAAACAGGCACUGCUUAGCAACAAAGAACUAUGAGCAGCCCACAAUAGCUUCUAAAUCACGAUCUCCAUCUCCAUACACAAAAAGACGAAUGUGUGAGCUAUCAGAAGAAGCCAGACAACGACUGGCCCAUUUAAAUCUGGGGCCUUUUGAAUUCAGAAGAGAAACUGAUAAACCUCCAUUUGUAGUUAGACAUAUUGAACAUCCGAGCCCCACUGUUGAUGUUCAUACUUGGCGUCCUACCAGAGACAGUGGACGAGAAGGUUGGUCCAGGGUAUCUUUUGAUCCUUCUCUUCUUGGCAGUUAUAGACCCAAGCAUACUAAAAUUAUCAGGUCUCAUCAUGGGAAAGACUUAGAUGGCUCUUCUGACAGCUGUGAUGAGCACCCUAUCUCGGGUACUGCUACUAGGCAAUUUCGUUCUACUAGUUCAUUAAUACAUUCAGCACCCUCCUCAUUGCAGAAACAUUCCACAAGUCCUGUACUAAACCGUUCUUCUCUUAGAGAAAGAUUUAACUUUGGUUGGUCUACACCAGCAAAUGGAGAAGAGAUCCAUAAACGAGUGAAAAACAUUUUAAGGACACACAGUGCUAGGCAAAGGCUAACAUUUGAUGAGAGUAACUCAUCGAAAGGAGACUCAAGUAAGACAAGAGACAUUUCGUGUAAAGACUCAUUAUGUGGCAGUGAACUACAGAGCAGCUCAUCAGCUCAGCAGAACACCACCGUUCACUUGGAUAAUGGUGAAUAUUGGUCCAACCGUGCAGCUGUGUAUAAAGGAAAACCCCACAGAGCUAUCUUUGAAGACAGCCUGGAGAAAAUAUACAGAAACAUGUACAAAAAAGCUUGUGGCACCAUUUCAAAAAGAAAAAUACACUCCUGAUAGCAAUACAACCAGAAGUGUACAGUGCACAAGGUUACUAUUUUUAAUGAGAAUUAUUUUUGUGUAACAAAUAUUUGUACUCUAUUUUUUAACAGGGAAUGUUCACUGGGAAGAACUCUUACGGGCUAGUGGGGUGUUGAGGCUGGGACCCCAAAAGCAAAAUGUUAAAAUAAAAAGAAAAUCCAAAACAAUUAAAGUUAAGCAGGCGCAUUGUUCCCUUAAGAAGCUAGGAUGGUGCUAUUUCACCCACCCCCUCUUCGUCCUUUUCAGUUCUGAAGCAGGCGCUGAGUAAAGUGGAUGUUCCUAUCCAUCAUCAAUGCAGGCUUUGAUUGCAGCCAACUCUGUUUUAGUUAUUAGCAAUUUAAAUAUAAGUGCUUGAAAGUGAAACCUGCCCCAGUGCUUAAAGAGCUAGUGAGAUGAUCAUAGUACGAUACUGUCUGUUUGGGAUUUUUUUAGAAGGACAAUGUCUGCUCAUUCCAGGUGUAGAAAUGGAGAAGGGAAAAAUUCUGAUAGUGACCCUGUAGCUGUGUUGAAAGUGUUUCUCAGCAGUCUCAGCCAUGAAAUUUCUAUUAACGUCAAGCUCUUUUGAAAAUAACUAUCUAUAUAUUGUAAGAAAACAUCUCUUCUUCUUCAUGCAUCCCAAUGUAACGAUCUCUAAAAGUUUCCAGGAUCAUUUUCGGAGCUCGUCAGCUAAAGCCAGAUGCCCCAUGCAAGCGUUAUGAAGUCCCUGCAUCACAAUCCCACCACAUUUGGAGCCCAUCCUUACUAGCCUGCUGGGGAUGUAUUGGCAGAAAUUGCAUUUUUCGUUAAAGGCCACCAAAUGUUCGGCAGUAGUUGGAAGCUUUCCCAGGAGAGGGAACCUUUUCAGCCUCACAUUGAACAGCUCCCACAUUAACAGACCAGGGCAAGCUGCCCAUCUGAGUGAUUUAAAAGGGCAAGCAUGUCCAUCUCCCGCUUGUUUCUCCCAUUUCAAAAGGAAAUAUGUAUCCUGGCGCAUUCGCUACAGAAGCAGGCAGCUGGGACAGAUUCAGUUACACUAGUGCCAUCUUACAUCUUGCUUUUGGACAAAGGAUAAAACUAGUUGUACAGAUGGCAGAAAUCUAGGACUGUAACCUGCCAACAUACGGGGAUAGACUAAAUGUUGGCCUACUGCAAUCCGUGCUUUAAUACUAAGAUAACCUAAUUGAUUUAAGGAAGCAGCCAGUGAAUGAGUAAGUCAGGUAGAGAACAUAUUGAAAAGCUGUGCAACGCAGCUUCAGGAAAGGGGGCUUUUGAAGGAAAUGUACUGAAUACAGGCAUUUUUGCUCCUGGUAACAGCUAAACCAAUUGCUGGAUUAACAGCUCCGUGUUCCUGGCCUUGAUCAUGCUUGGCCCUUGCAGUGCUUUAGAUUUUCAAAGUGCAAAAUAAAGAUUAACCAGUUAUUUAAUCCUCACAACUUCCUAUAAUGUAG